AUGUUUUUCUUAUUAUCAUCUCUAGCAGCAUGCGGCAGAUGGGCAGUUCUUAUGGCCGGAUCAAGCGAUUGGUAUAAUUACCGUCAUCAAGCCGAUAUUGCAACACUUUAUGACCUUUUAAUCAAUAGAUCAUUCCCACCAGAGCACAUCAUCACUGUUGCAUAUGAUGAUGAACCAUAUCUCGCAGAAAAUCCAUACAGAGGCAAACUUUUCCAUAAUACUGAUCAUCAUAACUUUUAUCAUGGCUCUUCAAAGAUAGAUUAUGCCGGUGCCAAAGUUACAGUAGAUGCCCUUUACAAUAUCAUCUCUGGUGAGCAUAAAGAACAUGGCAAAGUUCUUGAAUCAACAGAAGAAGAUGAUGUUUUCAUCUAUUACGACAACCAUGGUGCUGAUGGCGCUCUUGGUGUCCCAGAAGGUGCUCCAAAGUUCAUUUUAUUCGAUGAUCUUGGUGAUUCUUUCAAGACAAUGUACAACAAGAAGAUGUACAAGCGUUUACUCUUCAUGGUCGAAGCAUAUGAGUCCGGGAACCUUCCAAAGUACCUUCCAAUUCCAAAUGCCGUCGUAAUUACAGCUGCAAAGCAUGAUGAAAAUUCCUGGGCAGCAAUUCCUGAUGCAGAGCUUGACAACAUGUUAUCCGAUGAAUUCACAUUUGCAGCAAUUGAUUUGAUUAACAAGAGCGAUUACACAAUUGACGAAUUUUAUCAAAAUCUUGUUAAGGGAACUACACAUUCUACACCACAAAUUGGAGGUGGAGGAUAUCCAGCUCUUAAGGAUACCCACAUUUCAGCAUGGUUCGGUGAAUACACAAAGAAACCAGAAGAAUCUGUUUCAAAACCAAGACCAAAAGUUGCAGAAGCAAUUCCACAACGUGAAGUCUUACGCCAUUACCUCAAAAAGAGAACAGAUCUCAGCGCAAUGAAGCAACUUCACGAAUUAGACGCAAAUACACAGAAAACAAUCAAGAAAUUCGAAGACAUCGCUUAUCUCCUUAACAUUAACAACUUACAAAAGGUUCAAAAUCCAACAGAUGACCAUUACAAGUGUUUCUUCGACUCAAUGAGAGCAUUUUCUAAGAAAUACGGAACAGUUCAUCCAGAUGAUAUGGGAUUGACAAGAAAGUUGCUCGAUAUGUGCGCUGUUAGACCAAAGGAAAUGGUUAUUAAGGCCAUUGAAGCAAUUUGA